AUAUAAUUUUAGCCCAAGGCAAAAUGAAAGUAGAAUUGAGUAACACAAUGUCCCUGAAAAUGAGGAGGACGUGCGAUUAUCAUGAUAAGAUUUAUUAAUUAAGCAAGUACUCAGAAUGUCAACAACACAUUGUCCAGCAUGUACAAAAGUAAAUCCUUCAUCCAACCAGAGAUGUGAUGCAUGUUUUAGACAUUUAAAGGAUCCUGAAUGGAGAUGUUAUGAUCAUCACUGUUUUCACUGGAAUGAUGUUACUGAAAAAAAGUGUGCCAAAUGUGGAAAGUCUCGGACAGAGAGUGUUGGGAAAGGGAAACGUCCACGCUCUGCCGAUCGUCUACCUCGGGAUAAAGGUGACAAAGAACCUGCAAAGAACAACUAUUUAGGUGUUAGACCAGUUGAUCAUAAACAUAGGAGACAACGUUCAGCUGAUAAUCGUUUAGCGUCACGAUGGAAAUGUUGCCAUUGCACAUAUUUUAAUGGUGUAGACAAAGGUAAUUGUGAAAUGUGUAGUCACAUUAAAGGUCAAUGCUGUAAUGAUCUCAAACUUUGGAAAUGCCAUCUAUGUGACAAUUUUACUUCUGAGAAAUUUAACAGGUGUAGCUAUUGCUCAAAGAAAAAAAAAGAUCCAGAUUCAUUAAGACCUAGAAAUGACUUAGAUAAAGUGAAAGCAAGACAAGAUGAAAAACAUUCAACUGAUCAUGACAGGAAGAGUCCAUUGCAUGGGGGAGAUAAAUGGUCAUGUGAAAGAUGUUCUUUAAAUAACAGCAGUUCAAGCAGACUUUGUGAAGCAUGUGGUUUUAGUAAACCUAGAGUUACUGGGAUCGACUUAAACGACAGACCCAAAUCUAAGCCAUUACGACAUGAUCUCAGAGAAUCAGUUAGAGCUAAAGAUUUGAGGACCAUUAAAACAAAACAAGUAGAGGCUAAAUGGAAAAUUAUUGUCCAAAACUGUCAACAGGAAAAGAAAAACUUCACUGAUAAAGAAUUUCCGCCAAAUGACUACUCCCUCUUCAAACAUCCUAGACCUGGUGGUAGUAAUAUACAAUGGUUGAGGUUAAAAGACGUCAAAGACAUGGACGGGAAAGGUCCUAAAAAUUUGAAGAUCUAUGACAAACCCACAGCAAAUGAUAUUAUACAGGGAGCAAUUGGAAACUGCUGGUUUAUAUGUGCAUUAGCUGUUGUAGCUGAAAGAAAGAAUCUGCUUGAGAGAAUUGUUGUUACCAAAGAUUACUGUCCAGAAGGAGCAUAUGUUGUACGACUCUGUAAAGAUGGCAUCUGGAAAACUGUCGUCUUAGAUGACUACUUCCCUGUAGAUCAGAACAACAGACUGAAAUAUUCUAAGGCAAGAAGAGGCCAGUUAUGGGUUCCACUGAUUGAGAAGGCGGCAGCUAAGAUACACGGAUGUUAUCAAGCAUUAGGAGCUGGCAGGACUGUGGAGUCUCUGUCAUUGCUUACUGGUGAACCAUGUGAACAUCUGUCCUUAAAUGAACACAAGGAUUUUUCAAAGACCAUUGAUAACAUGUUGAUCUGGUCAAAGUUUACACAUGCAAGAGAUUGUGGGUAUUUGAUGUGUACAUCAUGUGAAGCUAAAGAUGGAUUUACUCCAGAACAUUGUAAAUCACUUGGACUCAUUACAAGCCAUGCUUACUCUCUUCUAGAUGUAUAUGACAUGGAUACUGGAGAAAAGUUACUGAAAAUCAGAAAUCCAUGGGGGAGUGAAUCCUGGAAAGGUGAUUGGAGUGAUAGCUCUUCAAAAUGGCAGAAGGUCAAACCAGAGGUCAAAAAGAAACUGAAACCAGAUGGAAACAAACAUGGAAUAUUCUGGAUGGAGUUUAAGGAAUUUAGAAAGUAUUUUGGUUCUGUAGAAAUUUGUAAGACAAGAGACUGGCAUGAAACAAGAAUCAAAGGAUCGUUUCCAUCAACUGCUAAUGGACCAUGGAAGUUUGCUAAAGUUUAUGUACAGAAUAAAACAGAUCUGUGUAUAGGACUACACCAAAAGAAUAAACGAGGUAACCAUAGUAAUGAGGACUUUGUUGACAUGUUGAUAGUGGUAAUGGAGAUUCUGGACGGUAAAAAGAUGAGAACUGUGGGUAAUAGUAAGAGAGACAUCAAAAGUUACGUGGGAUGUGAAAUAGAAAAUCUACAAAGAGGAGAAUACACCAUUGCAUGUCUGGCUUUUAAACAUUUAGAUGGAGGAAACCAUGGAGUCAAUCAUCAGCGUGAUUUUGUCCUGACAAUACACAGUACACAAAAUAUUGUUGUAGAAGAGAAUGACUCUAUAAAUGCUGGGUACACACACUUUCUGGCAGACACCUUGAUACAAUUAGCAGUUGAUAAAGGAGAAAGAAAGACUUUGAAGGGCAAUACUGGAACCUAUACUCUUUCAUGGGAUGGAUUGAUAUUAAUAGUUGAAAACAGAGACAGAAGGCAGUAUGCUGCAAUACAGGAAGAUUGUUCCAAUUCAACAAAUCUGAUGAGCACCAGGGGUUCUAUGUUUACCCAAGAUGUUAUACCACCAGAACAUAGACAGCUGAUAUUUUUAUUGACAAGAAUAAACCAGAGAUCUGGAUAUUGCAUCCAAUAUGCUUCAUCAUACAUCAAUAGUUCUUCCUCAACAUUGGAUUACUAUGGUCACAAAACAAAAAGUCAUUUACCAGAUAUUUCACGGGAACUAGAAUGCUUACAUAUCCCUAGACCAAUCAGAUAGUGUACUUUCAUAUAAUUAGUAAAAUUGAGAUUUAAAAUCUUCAUUUCAGAAUGUAAACACUAAUUUAGUCUUUCAAACUGGGCUCAUUUGACCUUGACAUCAUUUUUAUGGUUAUGUCUGUUUUUCAGUUACCAUAUACAAUUGGUAACUAUCUUAAUUGUAUAAAAUGAUUGCAAGAUGUUCAUGUUUAUCUGACAGAUUUCAUCUAACCUGUGUUUAUCUGUUAACAUGAUGUGGUUAGUAUGGAAAAGAAGAUGUGUUAUGAUUGCCAUCUCUCUUUCUGCAAAGUAAGAUACUGAAAUAGAUUUCUUCAUCUCCCCAAGCAAGUUUAUUGAAAUGUUGAAGUUUAAUUGCAUAAUGUUUAUUAUUUUGAGUAUACAGGGUUAAUAUUUUUAUAUUGGUCCUUGUUUAUGUUGUUGAUCAGUUUUAUUGUCUUAGAGACCAUUUUAAAUGUAAGAAUCACUCCAGGUGAUAUCAUAAUCUAAUUUAUGCUUAAAAAGUUCUAUAAUGAGGAUUUUGAAAAAAGUAUGGGAAAGGAUAUACUGUUGUGUGUUGUUCUAGUCUCAUAGCAUAAUAAAUGUUUUUGUUACUGUUUUGUGAUAUAACAUUCCUAUUUUGUUUUCCAGAAUAUUUAUAUAUUUACAUUAUGAAAUUUAUUUUGUAUUUUUUUAAUUGUUAAAAUAAGAUAAUUUUAAUCUUAAUUUGUUUGAAAUCUUUAAUGGAUGUACAAGUGGGAACCAUCCAGGUUAGGCAAGGUAAAGAAAUUUGAUGCCAAGAAUUUUGUUAAUGUAGCCGAUUAAAAUCAAUGUUCUCAUUGAAUAUUACCAACUAGGGUAUUAGUUGAGCAAGAAAGGGUCUCUACUCCAUAGAGCCUUCUAUUUUUGAUUGAAUAUACAUUAGUAAGUAUUUUGCUAUUUAUGAUUUAAGACGAUAUCAAAGUUUUGUAAUGUUAAAUCAUAAAUUAUACAAUAUGCAUUAUUAACAUUAUCACAGUUUUGUAAUGUUAAAUUAUAAAUUUAAUAUGCACUAUUUACAUUAUCACAGUUUUGUAAUGUUGAAUUAUAAAUUUAAUAUGCAUUAUUUACAUUAUCACAGUUUUGUAAUGUUAAAUUAUAAUUUUCAUAAUUUACAUUAUUUACAUUAUUACAGUUUUAUAAUGUUAACUUAUAAUUUUUAUAAUGUGCAUUAUUUACAUUAUCACAAUUGUUUAAUAUUAGUUAUCAAUUAUACAACCUGCAUUAUUUAUUUUACUCUGCACUUUGUAAUGCAUAUUCUUUAUGACUUAUGUUUUGGUAUUUGCUAUUUGUAUUACCAUAAAUAAAUAUGCAUGAUAUAUUUUGGAAGCAUAAUUUUACUCAUAUAAUUAGUCUUGCUCUUU